UAAGAGGUAGAAAAAUGUUAUGUGGUUCCCCUUGGCAUUUGUGCGAUCAUGUUUUCUUUAUCAUCCAUAUGGAGACUGAAUCACAUUGGAUUCUUGGUCGAUUGAAUAUUGAGGAAAGGCGUGUGUACAUGUACAACUCCUUGUCGACUGCUAUGAAAGAUAGUCUUGCUAUCAAAGCUUGUCGACCAUUUGCGGUGUUGUUGCCCCACUUUUUUGCUUUGUUUGAUGAGUUCAAAAAGGAAAACAAACCGAUUUGUUUAGACCCUUUCGAAGUUGUUAAGGUUGAUGGUUUGCCUCAACAAACCUCUAAUGACUGUGGUUGUUUCGUUGCAUCGUUCGCCGAAUACUUUAUUGAUAUGAAACCGAUUCCUCCCAUAUUUGAUGUUGAGAAACACCGUGAUAGGCUUGCUGUGUUGUUCUAUAAGUAUGCUCGCAUGAAAGAAGUGGAAUUUAUUGAUAGUGAAGAUGAGGCUCCUCCAAAGGGUCCAAAGAAGAAUUUGUCUUAGUUAUCUAUUGGUUGUUGUUGGAAAUACUACUUUUUUUUAUGUAGCUUUUGUUUUUCUAUUACCAGAUUAUGUUCAUAAUCAUAGACAAGUUGUUGUUUCUGUCAUGUUUUUUUCUUAAUUGGAAUUGGUUUUUAAUUUGUUCAUAUUUUUGGAUUUUUAAUCUUUAU